AUGUCCACGCACAUCAGUCCGAAUUAUAAACUCUACCCCGCUUAUUGUUUCCGCAUCUCGCCUACCUACGAUGCCUGGGUGAAGAUGACGGCUGCCGACGUGCAGGCGCUCCAGACCGUUCCCGAGUUUCAAGGCCAACGCAUCUACUUCCAUCUCAACCACCCCAUCCGCUACAUCUGCCUCGUCGGCCUCAUCGUCGCCAUCGACGACGUCAAUCCCCGCUACACGAUCUUCACGCUCGACGACAGCAGCGGUGUCACGAUUGAAGUGAAAAUAAUCCGUCUUAGGCCUGAUGAAUAUGACCCCGCCCAGAGCCCGUCUAACACUAUGGUCGAGAACGUAAAUGUGUACAGUGGUUUAGGGAACUUUGCGGUCAUGGUCAACGGUGAGGAGAUCGACGUCGGGACAGUGUUAAAGGUGAAAGGCACUAUUUCCGAGUUCAGGGGGAAUAAGCAGGUCGAGUUGAAGAGGGUUUGGAUCGUCAAGACGACGGAUGAAGAGGUGAAGGCUUGGCUGGAGACGGCCAGGUUCAAGAAGGAGGUGUUGGAUGUGCCGUGGCAUAUCACGAAAGGGGAGCAUAGGAGGAUUGUAGUGGCGGAGAAAUAUGAGAAGAAGAAGAGGGCGGAGAAGGAGAGGCUGCAGAGGGAGUAUGAGGAGAAGAGGAUGGAGCGGAAGAGGAGGAAGGAGAAGGAGAUGGCGGAGAGGGAAAGGAAGCUGGAGAUCAAGAGGAAGCAGGAGGAGAUCAUCAUGAACGAGGGCGCGCUGAUAUAA